AUGUCUAAUCGCCGUUCUUCUUACGAUGCUGCUUUCAAAUUGAAAGUUGUAUCUAUGGCACUUGAGUCCAAAAACAACCGAAAAACGGCUGAUCAUUUUGGGAUCAACGAGAAACAAGUUCGCCAGUGGAUUCGGGCAAAAGAUCAACUGUACUCCAGUAAGCGUCGUGCCAAACGAUUACCAGGUGUCGGCUGUAAGGUGAAAAACAUCAGUCUGGAUGAAAACUUUAUGCAGUGGUUUGAUGGGCAUAGAAAAAAUGGCAAUGCUAUCUCUGGUCGUCAGCUUCAAAUGCAGGCAAGACGUAUCACUACCGACGGCACAUUCAAAGCUUCAGAUGGAUGGCUUCAUUCAUUUAAAAAACGUCACGCGCUGUCAACUCGCGUGCUUACCUCCAUUGGACAAAAGCUUCCACCGAACUUUGAAGACAAAAUCGAACAAUUCCAUCGAUACAUUAUUCAGUUGAGACAGCGACAUGGCUAUCCUCUUAGCGAUGUCUAUAAUAUGGAUGAGACGUUGCUGCGAUUUGAUAUGCCAUCCAUAUAA